CCUGUGCUUCUCACAAUUGGCGUAUAAAUUAUUAUUUCUGCUACUAAAUAUCCUCCAUGCCAAGUUUCGCUCUCUGCAAAUUCCCUUGUCUUCUUACCAAAAUGGAAGCACACAAGCUCCUCCGCUCUCUUCUCUGCUGCUUCCUCCUUUCCCUUCUCUCAGGGCAACAAGUGGUGCAAGGAAGUUCAGCUCACGACCACCGCCACCGCCACCACCACCACCACCACCACCACCACCAGACUCAUCUUCAUCUUUUUAAUUUUCGUCCCACAAAGCUCUUUGUGUUUGGGGAUUCAUAUGCUGACACAGGCAACAGGCAAUCUGAAGCCAAAUCUUGGAAGUACCCCUAUGGCAUCACCUUCCCCGGAAAACCAGCCGGCCGUUUCUCCGACGGCCGUGUUCUCACCGACUACGUUGCCAAGUUCGUGGGGCUCAAGUCUCCAAUUCCGUACAAAUGGAGGAAACUUGGGGUGAAAUACUUGAAAAAUGGAAUGAACUUUGCUUAUGGAGGCACAGGUGUAUUCGAUACCGUAGUCCCAGGCCCAAACAUGACCACCCAGAUCGGUUUCUUCCAGCAUCUCAUCAAAGACAACGUGUUUACUGCUACAGACGUAGACUCCUCUCUCGCCCUCGUCUCCCUCGCCGGUAAUGAUUACUCUGCUUACUCUGCCCGGAAUGGGUCUUCUCAGGGCUUGCAAUCUUUCAUUUACUCGGUGGUGAAUCAACUGACUGUAAACUUGAAAGGCAUUCAUGGGUUGGGGAUGAAAAAAGUAGCAGUGACAGGUUUACAGCCUUUAGGAUGUCUCCCUCAGAGCACGGCCACGUCAUCAUUCCGACAAUGCAAUGGAUCCGAAAACUCUUUCGUGAAUUUCCACAAUCUCUUGUUGAAACAAGUGGUGGCAAAGUUGAACAACGAGACCAAGGACUCUGCUUUCGUCGUUCUUGAUCUCUAUGCCUCCUUCAUGUCUGUAUUCGACAACAAAGGAGACCACCCAGCAAGUGCAAAGUUUGUGAACCCAUUGAAGCCAUGUUGUAUGGGUGUAAGCAGUGAAUAUUUCUGUGGAAGUGAGGAUGAGAAGGGGGCCAAGAAAUAUACAGUUUGUGAGGAUCCUGAAUCAGCAUUCUUUUGGGACACGGUGCAUCCUACGCAGGAGGGAUGGCGUGCUGUGUAUUCAGCUUUGCAACCCACUCUCGAACAACUUUAAUGGAGUUUUUUUUCCCCCUUCUUGAAUGAAUAACUUUAAUGGAGUUAACGAAAAGAAGGGGAAAAAAAAAUUGUGGGUUUACUUGUUUGGUUUUGUUGUAGUAUGGCUUGGGGUUUGGUCAUAUGUAAGAAUGGUUUUGUUCUGGGAAUUAGGCUCUCAUCUCCUCUGGUUUUGGCACAUUGCUAUUAUGGCAGGAUGCUGGUGUAUAUUAUUAUCCAAAGAGUUUUUGCUCA